AUGAAUCUUGCAAUUUCAGCAUGGACUAUGGAUGUUCGUGCAAAUACAAUUGCGAACUGCUUUCUUUAUUGUAAACUUCGAUCAACAGAUAACAUGACUUUUGAGAACUCAGAUGAAGGUGGUGAAAGCACUCAAGAACUCCAGAAUUUGAUCAAAGAGUUGGGUUAUCGCAAUACAAUGGAUGUCGAAGAUGUUCUGACUCACCCAGAAGAAAAUGUAGUUGCACAGUUGUUGUUGACUGAUGAAGAAAUUAUUGAAAGCGUUAUUGGAAUUAAUAAAGAUGAUAUCGAUGAAGAAGAUGAUGAAAGUUCUACAAUGGAGCCCCCUUCGCGAAACGAAGCUAUUAAAGCGGCAAUCACAUUGAACAAUUCUUGUUGA